CUCUCCUACCCCCUCUCUCCCACCCCUCUCUCCCACCCCCUCUCUCCUACCCCCUCUCUCCCACCCCCUCUCUCCCACCCCUUCUUGCCCGGGGAAAAAGUGAGGUUGAGUGGGAUGGCUGAGGGGCAUGCUGGGCAAUACCCCCAGGUGUUCGUGGUGGACAGCCAGGCGAGCUACACCCCCUUGCCCAGCAGGAGGCACUUUAGGUGGGGAGGGAUCGGCCCGAGAGCCCUUCAGCUCCUGGUGGGUCUUGCGCUGGUGGGGAUCGUCAUGGAAGCCGGCUUCAUCGUGCACUUGUACAACAGGACAGGGGCCCUCAUCAAUGUUCAAUCCUUUAUCCAGAGGAGUGGCUCAGCUCAGGGUCUGACUGGAUCUGAAGAGACCAAUGAGAUUUUAGUCAAGCCUACGAGGUGGAAAUUCCCACCUGAGAUCCAACAGAAACCCUCAGCACACUUGAUAGGCUCCUCCCUGUCAGUGGGUGAGGAUAGUGUUGUUCAGUGGGAAUCAGACAAGGGCCUGUCUGCCUUCACAGAUCAGAUGGACUACAAAGAUGGCCGCCUGGUAGCACAGAGGAAAGGGCACUACUAUGUCUACUCCAAAGUGCACUUCGUUGAAGACUGCUUUCUGUUCAAACACAAGGUGAUGAGGAUCACCGAGGGUUACAAAAACAAACCACUUGUGUUGAUGAAAGCUAACAGGUUCCAUUGUCCUUCCCAGGAUUCCAGACCGAAAAAGAUUUCUCAUCAGAAUCUUCUGAACAGCUACCUGGGCGGAGUCUUUCGUCUGUUGCCUGGAGACAUCAUCUACGUAACCGUGGACAACGGGACGCUGCUGAGACUUGGAGCUGAAGAUAAUUUCAUGGGGGCAUUCAUGAUUUAGGAGACGGUGUGUAUUGACACACACACACACACACACACACACACACACACACACACACACACACACACACACACACACACACACACACACACACACACACACACACACACACACACACACACACACACACACACACACACACACACACACACACACACACACACACACAUUUGUCAAUCAGAUUCGUGUCUCGAUUAUAUUAUCUCAAUGUAUAGAUUCUAACCAAGGUGUGUGAUAGAGAAUCACACUAGAAAACAGACAAUUGGCUUUUUAAAGGUAUUUUAACCUUGAGACAACAUCUGCAGCUAUUACCGUGAAUGCAAUCUCGGCAAAUGGUGGGGAAAAUGCCUUUAAAACAUCCAUUGUCGGCUGUCUAGUGUAGUGUUUC